CUAGAUCGAAAAGCUUUAAACUUUUUAUCGAUGAGACUGUUCAAAUGGCCAUGGUUAGGGGUACUAAUUCCAUGUACUCUUAUUGCUAUCCUUGGAUAUGGAUCACAUUACUUUGUGUUCAGGAAUCACAUGUCACCUGAACGGCAAAUUGUUUUCCAGGUCUGCUUGACCUUAUUAUGGAUAUCAUAUUAUCUUGCGAUCGUAAUCGAUCCAGGCUCACCUCCGAAAAACUUUGAACCUCAACAAGGAGAAUGGAGAAGGUGGUGUAAAAAAUGUGAAAAUUAUAAACCAGAGAGAACUCAUCAUUGCAAAACUUGUAAGAAAUGUGUGUUGAAAAUGGAUCAUCAUUGUCCAUGGACUUACAAUUGUGUUGGACAUGGAAAUUUACCACAUUUCAUGAGAUUUCUAUUUUGGGUUAUAUUUUGCACUUCAUUUGUAUUUAUUGAACUUUCUAAACGAGCCUUACAAUACUAUAGAGAUAGUAAUUUACCAUCAUAUUUGAUAAGUAAAAUAGAAAUGGUUGCUGUGAUUACUUUACUACCAUUGGACUUUUUCGUUCUCAUAACCAUUUCCAUAUUAUUUAUACGAUGUAUAAUUAAUAUGGUAUUCCGUGGUAUGACUCAAAUUGAAGUGUGGGAAAAGGAGAGAAUUGAAUCACAAUUAAAAAGUGGUCGUAUAUGGGCCCAAAUUAAAAAAAAUUACAGAAUCUUGCAUGGGAAGGACAUGCCAAGAUUGAUUUCUUGGAGUAAACAUUCUAGGUAUUAUGAAGAAGAAGGGAUGGAAGCAGUAACCGAAAGUGAGGACAUGCAAGUUCUCGAGAAUGAGCAUGAAGAUGAGCCAUGGAAGGACUUCACAAUUGAUGAUUUGGUAUUCCCAUACGACUUGGGCAUGUGGAUUAAUGCAACAGAUGCAUGUGGUACCCCCCUUGUAUGGUUAGUACCGUUUGGAUCUCCAAAAAUUGAAGGAUUUCAUUUCAAUAAAAAUGAAUUUGUUGAAGAUGAUCAAUUGGGAUUACCAUGGCCACCUGAUGGGGGACAUCAAGAGAAUAUCCCUAUAGAAGAUGAAGAAAUUGAUGGUGAAGGUACUCAAUUGGAAGAUUUGGGACUCGCAGAAUAUAAACGCAGAUUAUUCCGCGACCCAAGGGUCAAUCUUAGCAGAAAUGAAUGGAUGAACGACUUGGGAGAAACUUUAGACGAUUUUGGAGUUGAUCUAGAAGCGGAAGAUGCAGAAAAUGAUCAACUCAUUGCUAAAUAG